CGGUAGCUGCCUGUUUUCUUGGGUAAUUGUGCAUGUGUGGUGGAGUUGUAGAGAUGUAGAGGACUUGUUGUCCCUCUUGCAAAGCUUGCUUCAGCUCUAGGAAACUGCCCUCUGCAUGAACAUGUGAAAUGAAGGGGACUUCAGAUUAUACCUUGUUAUUCAUUUAAAUUUCCCAAAAAGCUAGAGAAAUAUAAUUUGCAGCCUCCAGAAAUUGGUGUGUACUGAUAAAUUUGUGGUUUUAUUUCUACAAAUUAUAGAUUGCAAAGGAAUUACAUGAGAGAGGAAUUAAAUCUGAUUAUUACCAUGCUGAUAUGGAUGUAAGAGAUCGUGAAAAUGUUCACAUGCGAUGGAGCAAUGGCAAAUUACAGGUUAUUGUUGGCACUGUGGCAUUUGGCAUGGGAAUUAACAAGCCAGAUGGUUUGUCAUUCAUCACAGUCUGAGCAAAUCUAUGGAGACAUAUUAUCAGGAAAGUGGUCGUGCUGGACGUGAUGGGCUUCCUGCAGAAUGCCUGCUUUAUUAUAGACCUGCUGAUGUACCGAGGCAGAGUUCAAUGGUCUUCUAUGAGAAUGCUGGUUUGCAGAAUCUAUACGACAUAGUACGAUAUUGCCAGUCUAGAAGUGAAUGUCGUCGAGCCGCAUUUUUCAGACAUUUUGCUGAGCCACUCCAAGAUUGCAAUGGGAUGUGUGACAACUGUGUUUCUUCAACAAAAGUCAAGGACAUUGAUGCCUCUUGCCAUACAAAAGCCAUUAUCUCUUUGAUUCAAGAUAUACAUGCAACUGACCAGAAGGUGACAAUGUUGCAAUUGGUUGACAAGAUGAAAGCUAAACUUAAACAGCUAGGUCUGGACCUAAAGAGAGACCAUGUGGAGCAGCUUGUCAUCCAGCUUAUAGUUGAACGUGUUUUGAAAGAAGAGUUUCAACACACAGCUUAUACGACAAAUGCUUAUCUGGCACUGGGUCCACUGGCAAAGCUGGUUGUGCAAGGUAAGAGGACUGUGAAGCUUCAGAUCUAUAGUGAAGAGGAAAAUAAAACUGCCGCCAUAAAGCGUGCUAAGAGGAAGCCUGCAUCAUCCAGUUUGGAGUUCAGGCUCGACGAGCUACGUAGAGAGCUUGCUUCGCUUCACGGUGGAAUAUUCCCCCACUCAGUUUUGUCUACUCAGCAAAUCAGCCUUCUAGCUGCUGAGAAGCUCGAAUCAGUGGAACAGUUGGAGAAGAUAAUUGGGAAGGUGAAGAGCGGAAAGUAUGGAGCUAGAAUUCUCGAAGAGAUUGCAAGAAGGGUCGACUCUGACACGCGCGUAGAGUCUGAAGGCAAUGAUGAGCAGACCACCGCAGAUGACCGACCUUCGAAGAAGGCAAAGACCAAUGAACAAAGCAUGGAUAGAGUUUCGAAGAACUCAAAGACAGAUGAUGAUGCAGCUACUACGAAGGAGAAGAAGACCAAAAGACCACUUGUUCUUAUAGAUAGCAGUGAUGACGAGGAAUGAAUGAAUUCAUAGCGGACUAAGUGCAUCAUGGUUUCUUGUAGCUGGAAAAUUGGUAGACCAAGUGACCAACUACAAGAAACCAUUAUAGAUACCUGUAUUUGACCGACCCAGACCGUGCUUAUUUAAAUCUUGU